AUGGCUUCGUCCUCUUCUGUUGGCAAUGCAUCGUCAGCCGACGCCAUCUGUGCUCAAGCGUUCUAUACGCACUUUCGAGCGGCGACCGAAUCUCUGCUGACCCAACUUUCGACCUCGGCAACGUCGCCAGAGUUGCUGCAACACGCAUUGCAGACAUAUGCUGAGUUGAGCGCGCAAUUCACCCGAGCUGUGGACAGUGGUGUGCUACCGAGCCAUGAUCAACGCGUGCACAAGGAUAGGUUGCAAGACAUCUCUGCAGCCAUGCAAGACAAGAGCAGGGCGCUUACCGAACAACAGCAUCACGGUCAAAAACAGAGCAAGACGAGGGGCAGCUUCGCUUUCAAGCGCAAGCAGCCCGCAGCCACGUCUGCUUCGAUGCCAACGAGCACACCUCUGUCGACUUGGAAAGACGCAACAGCCAACGUCGAAAGCUUGACCGCCGAAGCGCAACUUGACGCAGCCCAAAGACGAUCCAACCAUUUGACCAUUUCGGCACUCCACGAGACCAAAUACACGCAUCCCGCACCGAACCCAACGCAAGCAGAGCCACCGACGUCGGUCUCUGUCGACCUGACCAACAUCUCGAAUUCAAUAGUCGACCUCCGACCGCUCGCAACAACGCAUACGAUCGUCGCACUCCAGAUCCGCAACGUCACUUGCUCUGCCAUCGCUCUACCACCCAUCGAAGGGAGCAUCAUGAUACACACGCUGUCCAACUCUAUGUUGAGCAUCCCAUCGUGCCAUCAAUUCCGCAUGCACCUCUCGACCAACGCCGUGGUCGCAUUGUCCACCAAACGAGCUAGUGUCGUCACCAUCGAGGGCUGCAAACGAAUCACAUUCGUCACUCAUAACCAUGAGCCGAUCAAGGUGCAAGACUUUGACGACCUCAUCAACAGCGAGCAGCUCAAGCAAGCAGGCAGCACCGACAUGCACGCCAACUUUAACGUGGUACAGCAUCACGGGCCUGAAUGGCUGACGAGCAGGAUCAACGCGUUGAUAACCAAGCACCAAGAGCUUACUACAAGUGGCUUUCGACACGAUUUCGAGCGUUGCAUGCAGCUCGGCCAACAAGAGUUGGAGACCGACUGGAACGCAUAG